AUGAAGAGCUGCAAGUUAAUUGCCAUUCCUUUAUCUAUAAAUGAGAAGCUAUCAAGGGAUGAUGAAACUGAUAGAGUAGUUGCAAGUUAUUAUAGGAUCUUGAUUGGUAAUCUCCUCUAUUUAAUAGCAACCAGGGAUCUUAUGUUCUCAGCAAGUAUGCUUUCAAGGUUCAUGCAUGGUCCUAGCCAGAAGCAUUUUAGAGUAACAAAGAGGGUGCUAAGUUAUCUUAGAAGGACUGUAGGCUAUGGUGUUUGGUACUCAAAGGAAGAAAGUGGUGAUUUGCAAGGCAAUUCAGACAAUGAGUGGGCAUGGAGCUUAGAUGAUUCUAAGAGUACUUUUGGUUUUGUCUUCUCAUUUGGCUCUAGUGCAUUUGCUUGGAGCUCAAAGAAGCAGGAGGUUGUAGCCCAAUCAACUGCAGAAGCUGAGUAUAUAGCAGUAACAUCUAAUCAAGCAAUUUGCUCAAAUGAUCAGGUUGCUGACAUCUUGAUCAAGGCUCCAUCAAGAAACAGAUUUGAAGAAUCAAGGGCUAAGCUUGGAUUGUUCAAUAAAAAACUCAAGGAGUAUUGA